UGUCAGUUUACUUCCGGCACGAAAAGUUCAUAGUAUUAGUUAGUACUUAUAUACUAAAAGUCUAGGAGGAAGAAGAUUUCCGAGGAAAAAAUCCAAGACCAAAAUGACCUCCGGUGGAAUUUGCCUAGGGCGUCUUUCAGAAGAACGCAAGGCGUGGCGAAAAGACCAUCCUUUUGGUUUCGUUGCUCGUCCAGUCAAAAACCCAGAUGGUACGCUUAACCUUAUGAAUUGGGAGUGCGCUAUUCCUGGCAAAAAAGGGACACCAUGGGAGGGGGGCGUUUAUAAAUUGACAAUGAUUUUCAAAGAUGAUUACCCAUCAACUCCACCAAAAUGUAAAUUUGUUCCACCACUUUUCCACCCAAAUGUCUAUCCCUCAGGAACAGUGUGUCUCUCAUUGUUAGAUGAUGAGAAGGAUUGGAGACCAGCAGUCACAAUAAAACAGAUUCUUCUUGGAAUCCAGGACUUAUUAAAUGACCCAAAUGUAAGGGACCCUGCACAGGCUGAGGCUUAUACAAUUUUCUGCCAAGAUCGCACCGAGUAUGACAGGCGGGUACGGAAACAGGCUGAAAAUCACAAACCAACGGACCAUCUAUCUUAAUUGGAAAAUAUCAUGUGUAUAUCUAUCGGAAAUCUUGUGAACUGAACAAUGAACAUUGUGGAUUGAAUCUGAAUGGCAUCGAUGUCGACAAACUCAUUCGAAGAAUUUGAAUGGAUAAUGCAUUUAUUCCCUAUGGCAAUGUCUACGAUGGUCAAUAGGAAAAAGACUGCGCUGUUCAUGAAAUCUUUUCAGUAACUAUUUGUCACUUGUCGUGGCAGUUUAGGGUUGGGUGGUCUGCUCACCACGCCUGUUGGGAAGACUAAGUGCCCAUUCCAGAGCCAAUUCAAAGUGUGGUUACAUGGGGAACCACUCUGAUAAAUAGAAAAUUAAAUGGAUCUUGGAUUUCAUGAAUUUUACACACUAUUGACUCUGAUUUCUAUAAGUUUCAACUCCCAACGGUCAAUUCACUUAACUACAGAUUUGGGGUCAGAAAUGCCAGGCUAUUUCUUGAUUUCUUUUAAAAGAAAUGAUUGUGUGUGUUUGUACUGGGGUUUUUUGUCGUAUAUUCAUUACUAGUAGUACUAUUGGCUGUUCUUGGUAAUUUGAAGGGUUCAGCUGUUCCAAAAUAAUCUGGGGCCUUUGAUUCAGUUUUUAGCCCUUCCAUCCAUCCGUGGACAAAUUGGUCAUUUUGUAACCGUAAGACCUGGGCACUUCAAAUCUGGCCGUCGGGAAGAACAGCCGAAGAUAUGCUGCUGACAGAAAAAAAGGGGGCAAAACCCGUAAAUUACACCAAAAAAUAUUGUUGCUUUAUUCCCACAGAUAGAAGUUUGAAAUAAAGUUGAAGAGGUCUGCAUAA